AUGGGUUUCCUUGUAACAACCCUAAUCUUCGUCGCCGUCGGAGUUAUUGCUUCUUUGUGUGUUAUAAUCUGCUGCAAUAGAGGUCCCUCCACGAAUCUGCUGCAUCUUACUUUGAUCAUUACUGCCACUGUCUGCUGCUGGAUGAUGUGGGCAAUUGUAUAUCUUGCGCAGAUGAAGCCUCUGAUUGUCCCAAUCCUAAACGAAGGAGAGUAAGUACUCCUCCACUAGGACAAAACAGAUGUACUUAAAACUAGAGAAACUUAUGUGGUCGGGUUGCUAGCUUCUCUUUGAUCCUUGUGUAUCUUCAAUCCUUAACAGCUUAUCGUGUUUUGUAACUCCUAUAUAUUAGUGUGAACAAAUCAAAAAGCUUCUUGCCUCUUGAAAUUUUCCUUGUAUUCACUUUUGUCA